GUGUCUAUGGGGAGAGGUGUGUGUGUUCACCUGUGCUUGCUCUCUGCCCGACAGGAUCGGCCUCUCUCAGCUGGAGGGGUUCCGUCGCCACCUGCUGGAGGUCCUGCAGAAAAGCAACAAGCCAAAGUGGAGGAUUAUAAUGGGGGGCACAAAGUGUAUCCCCAAGUCGGAGCUGCCCAACGAUGAUGACCCCACGGUGACCUCUGUCCCCAGCUCCGGGCAGUGGCUCCACCCCAGCGAUCUCAGCAUUGCGCUGUCCGCCAGCACCCCGCUGUACCCCCCCGGCCGUAUCAUCCACGUCGUGCACAACCACCCCCCGGAGAGCUGGUGCUGUGGCCAGGAGGACCCCACCUACUCUGCGCUGUGGGGUGAUAACCGGGCGUUCGACGAGGUCAUCAUCUCUCCCGCCAUGCUGAACGAGCACCUGCCACACGUCGUGAUGGAGGGACUCUACAAGGUGAUGGAGGUGUUCUUACUGGAAACCAGUGCUUCCAGUACAGAGCAGAGAGAGGCAGAGUGUGUGGUACCAGAGUCUGUGUGUGACACGGGUUCGACUGGCCCAGACAGCUGCUCCCCCACUGCAGCCCAAAGAGACCCUGUGGCCUUCAGCAGCUGAGAGCAGCUCUCUCGAACCCUGGACCCCUGGGAUCCCCCGCGCUGCCCGGCCCCCUGGCUUCACUUUACUGCAAUCCCCCCCCACCUCCCCGCGGGAUCAGACCUUCGGGAUCUCUGGGACCUCUGGCUCACACCUGUCAGAUCCCAGCUGAGCCCGCGUCCUCGCCCCGCAGGCUGCUGGACCUCCAGGACCCGAGAGCACAGAGAGCAGCCCUCUGAGCCACAGACGCUCUGAGUCCGUCUCCAGUCUGCCCCCCAGGGGACCUGUGUGCUGCCCCCUGUCUCCCCCCCCCUCCCCCCCGCCUCUCCUUCUGCCUCUCUCUCUCCUCCCUCCUGUCUCUCUCUCU